UUGAUUUGGAUUUCCGGGUACGCUUUCAGGCUGGGUUGUUGAUCAAACGGAUCCAACAACACCCAGUAACAUCCAGCAACAUCCAGCCCCGUCACCUGGUCGAGGAGCUGCUGAAACCAAAACAAUCCUCAACAAGAAGAGCAUUGGCAAGAACUUGGCACACCAAUAUAAACACCUUUGUGACCGAGCAUUGAAAGUUCACAAGGAUCAGGAAUACCCUAGAGAUUCCGUCAUCCAUGGGUGGUAAAGCCAUUUGAAGCCCACGAAGGUACCGACUGUGGUGACGAGGAUAACCAAGUGAGGCACUUGGGAGCCUAGAGGCGGUCAUACAUAUUGACGCCGUUAAGCGACGUACGGGCUUCUGAUUUGAAUUUGCCGUGGAAGUCUUGUGAACGCCAGUGAAAGUGAGACCGGUGACCGUUGUUCCAAGGAGCACGAUAGCGAGAGAGGCCGAGAGUGGGUGUGGUGGUAAAAGUGACGACGCCAACAGUGACCAUGUCAUUGAUUGUCAAGCUCAACUCGCGUCCUUUGGAGACCACCGAACUCAAACGGUUGGACAAAAUGGAGAGGGAGGGUGUUAGUGGGCUUCAUCAAACCAAUAAAGAUAUCCGAGUUCAAUUGAGCGAACAAUUCAAAUGCCUGGAUGGCCGGUUGGAGACUCAACAAUCGAUUGUGACCGAGAUCCAGGAUGUGUUUCGUCGUCGCGCAGAGAUUGAGACCAACUACAGCAAAGAGCUGGACAAACUGGCCAAAUCUAUCAGUCACCGGAACAAGGAACAGCGACAAAAACGAGAUGCGUGGGCCAUUCAUUCGUCCACGCAAAUCUGGGAAACCGUACUAGUGCACACCAAACGAACCUCCAAGGAUCACAAGGCAACAGCCGAGAUCUACGGCAACCAUGUCGUUCAACGAUGCCAUCAAAUCAACGAGGAUUUACAGCGAAUUCAUCGCCGGUGCCGAGAGAUUGGCUACGAGAUCCAUGAGGAGGUGCUGAAGGUAUUGCACGAGCUACACACCACAAUGAAGACACAUCACGCCUAUCAGUCCGAAUUUCGCCAGAGUGAAAACAAGCUCCAAAUGGUGGAGCGUCAAAAAGUCAAAUUGGAGCAAUCCGUGCCCAUUGAGAAACGGGCCAAGCACCGCAAAUUUCGCAUUCUCGAAAAGGAGUUCCAGAAAAGACGACUCAAAUUUGACGAGGCCCGUUUGGCGGCCACAAAAGCGCGGAAUGAGUACCUCUUGGCCAUGGACGCGGCCAACGCGUCCAUUCAAAAAUACUUUGUGGACGAUCUCUCUGAUCUCAUUGACUGCCUGGAUUUCGGCUUCCACCAAUCCCUGACCCGGGCAGUGUCCAUGCACACAUCCGCCAUGGAACAGCAAAAAAAGUCGCUGCAGAAACAAAUCGACAAGUUGAACAAAGUCAUGAGCGGGAUGGAUUCCAGACUGGACAAGCAGAAGUUCAUCGAGUCCAACAACACCACGUUCAUGAUCCCCAAGAAAUUCGAAUUGGCCCAAGCUCGUCGUGAUGAGACCGAAGUGAUCAUCCAGAAAUGUGUUUUGAACGAAUUGAGCUCGCGAAAGAGCAAACUUGAAGAGCGACUCGCCCUCAUAAAGGCCGAGUCCGAAGAGAUCUGGAAAUCGAUGGACAGUGCAGAAAAGACAUUGUCCGACAUCGUGGGUUGCAAGGACUAUGACACCACCCGAUUCUUUGUGGAAGAGGAUCGAGCCUCGCUGAGGAUCAGCGAUUCAAUAGUCAUGAAACAAAAGGCGGAUCGGCUCGAAACCGAGGACUUCUACAUCAACAAAUUCCGCGAAUACGUUCUCAACUCGAACCGGAUUGCGCGCCUUCAAGCCAAAUAUGACAAUCUCCGACAUACCUUGGGAGACAAAUCCAAUAGUCAUGCGAGUGCGGCCAAUGCUGAGGGCAUGCUCACCCUGACCCGCAGACCAAAUGUCGCGCGGCGGCGACGGAUUGGCAACAACUCUCGCCAAGGCGGAGGUCAGCCAAAACUGUUCGGGGGCAGUUUGGAAGAGUACUUGGAGGAGACCAACCAGGAGCUCCCGAUUGUGGUGCGGAGCUGUGUCCGGGUGAUCAAUCUGUAUGGCCUGCACCACCACGGCAUCUUCCGGGUGUCCGGAUCACAAUUGGAGAUUAAUAACUUCCGAGAUGCUUUCGAGCGAGGCGACGAUCCUCUGGCUGAUAUGACGGAUGCGUCGGAUAUCAAUUCCGUGGCGGGUGUAAUGAAGCUCUAUCUGAGGGAGCUCCGUGAGCCCGUGUUUCCCAUUCAGUAUUUCGACCAUUUCAUGGAGUUGGCUCGUGAAUUCCCGCCUGUUAUUUUAGACUCGAAAAUUGAUCGGAAAAAACUUGAAUCCAAGCACGAGUUCGUCCUCAAAGUCCAAGGCGUCGUCCAGAAUUGGCCACGGCCCGUCUUCAUUGUCAUGCGGUACAUCUUUGCCUUCUUGAAUCAUCUGUCAGAAUUUAGCGAUGAGAACAUGAUGGAUCCGUACAACCUUGCCAUUUGCUUUGGUCCCACUUUGGUGCCUAUCCCGGAGGAGAGGGACCAGGUUCAAUAUCAAAAUCUGGUCAAUGAACUUAUCAAAAACUUCAUCAUAUUCCAUGACGAUAUCUUCCCCUCAUCUGUGCCAGGCCCCAUAUAUGAGAAAUACAUCACAAAUGAGCCCGAGGAAAUGGGAGACUCGCCUCCAGAUUCUCAGAACCAAGAUGAAAACGACGAUGACUCAGAAAUGGCCGAAGAGGCGGAUUCGGUAUUUUCGGCGGAGAGCGAGCGAGAUGGACUCGGUGAUAUCUCCAUGGAGUUAUUCGGAAGAUCGGAGGCAUUAGAAGCAUUGGCCGUGUACGACUUUAAAGCCCGGUCUUCGCGUGAGGUUACCUUUCAUAAAGGCGACACGAUCCAAUUAUUCAAGCAAGUUUCGAAUGAUUGGUGGAGAGGCCGUGUCAAAGGCCAAGAGGGUCUCAUCCCCGACAAGUACAUUAUCCUUAAAAUCAGGGGCGAGGAGGAUUCCAAUUCCGUGCGGGACCGAUUAGAUUCGGCUCGCUCCGUGGAUGAAGGACAGUUGGCUUCCCUUCGGGAUCGCUCGCUAUCAUUGAACUUACGAAGUCGCACACACAGCAAUGCGAGUGAAAUCCGCACGUCUUCCUUAUCGCCGACGAUUGCGACUCGAAGUCCGGAAGUGACGAUCGCUUUGACCCCCGUAUCCGGCGACUCAAUGCCCAGUCAUUCCCAAUUGGAUGACAACACCGACGAUUCGGGACACCCCACCUCAAAUUCGGAACCCGUAUCAAUCUCUCACUCGGAGGCCAGAGCCGCUUUUAACGAAUCCUCGCGUACAGAAGAUGGAUCUGGUCCGGAGGACGAGCUCUUCUUGCCCUCAGAGACCUCGCCGCAUGUGGUCACGUCUGCUCAAACGCACAUUAUCCGCGUGUCCGGACCCGUGACGAAUCUGGACGACACCAUUGUGAGCGCCCAAGGCCCCAGUGGCGCCAAUGUGGCCGUGGUGCGAACAUCCCAAGCCCAUGUUCGACAAACCGAGCCGCCUUCAAAAAGCAACGAGGUCGAGAGCAAACUUCUUUUAAUCGCCGAGAGAGCCUCCCAAGAGAGCCUCGCUUCAUCCACGGACUCCAAUCAGGAGCUUCAGAAGCAACUGAGCACCAAGAUUGCCCAAGUGGAGGCCUUAACUCAAGAGGUGGAGAAGCGAACCAAAGUGUCCUCGUCCUCGCUGACAACGUCCUCGAACUCCAUUUCGAGCCCCAACACUUCUCAGGAUCGAAAUGAUCGCCUGUCAGUGAACGGCGGGGCCCGACCACGCCGAACCAGUAGAGAUGCUGGGCAAUCCGAAGAAAACGUGCAUCCCGCUCCGCCCACGGCUGAAGAGGGCGUGGUACUCAAGCAAAGUAGCUGGGGCUCGCGAGAAAACACCACCAUAUUGGAAUCCGAAACGCCCAAACCCGAGUCAUUCUCCCGCAACAAAUCCAUGUGGGAGAAGCGGGUCACCGUGGAACCGGCGUCUGAACCCGCACAGCCAUCUCCACCUGGUGGCUUCCGGAGCAAUCGAAACUACUGGGACCACAAAUUGCGGAACAAGGACACGCCUGACUUGGUAUUAGAUCUUCCUGUCUCCUCGAAGCCGUCCACAACGACCUCUAGGGGCACCCCGGCCACCAGUCCCAGCGACCCCUCGAGCCAUAAUACACCCGUGCCUAAACCCAGAACCUUAGGGAGCGCCUCGGGGCAACGGGCUAGUAUUCAGGAAGAAUCUGGGGCCACCGGAUCGAGUCGGGCCGGGUCGGGCCCCGCCGGUCGAGAUGUGGCCGGGAGAAAAGAGUUGUUCCGGCAAGCCGUCGUCAAACCACAAGUGGUUCGAGUCAAACCUCACGUUCAAGUCAGAACCAGUGGUCCUGGAUUGCAAGAAAAGAAGAAUUAAAUGGGGAUCCGUGAAUUGGAUGGAGAGAAUCACGAAAUGUGCCUUGAAGUCCCCCUUUUCUCACCGAACACAGGACUAUUGUCCUUCAGGUUUUUGCCCUCGACUCUCUCGCUCGCUCGCUCGCUCACUCGCUCACUCGGAUAACGUUCAGUGUUCAUCUUGAGACUGAACGAGCCGGAUCGAUGGUGUACUUUCAUCCAGUCACCUCACGAGUUGCUUGUGAAGCAAAUUUGUACCUUCCUACGACGACCUGAUUGACUUUACAUUUUCUUACCAUCUUUAUGACCAUUGCCGGUCCUCUCGCCUUACUGCCUUUCUUUUUAUGAUUUGAACGAAAACGACAAUAUCAUCCUUGUACCUAUACGUAUAUCAUUCAAAAUUGGAAUUAUCAAAAUCUAGUCUUGACCAAAAUGAAGAAAGCUUACUUAA